AUGCUGCUGCCCCUGCUGCGGGCGAACUGCUUCCCUCCGUGCUCUCCCGGCGGCGGCGGCGGGGACAACGCGGCGCUGUCUGGCGGCCAGGCCCGCCGGAGGAAGCAGCCACCGCGGCCGGCCGACUUCAAGCUGCAGGUCAUCAUCAUCGGUUCCCGAGGCGUGGGCAAGACUAGCCUGAUGGAGCGCUUCACCGACGACACCUUCUGCGAGGCCUGCAAGUCCACCGUGGGUGUUGACUUUAAAAUAAAAACUGUAGAGCUAAGAGGAAAGAAAAUUAGAUUACAGAUCUGGGACACAGCAGGUCAGGAGAGAUUCAACAGCAUUACCUCAGCUUAUUACAGAAGUGCCAAGGGAAUCAUCCUGGUGUAUGACAUCACCAAGAAAGAAACAUUUGAUGAUUUGCCAAAAUGGAUGAAGAUGAUUGAUAAGUAUGCUUCGGAAGAUGCAGAGCUUCUCUUAGUGGGAAAUAAGUUGGACUGUGAAACUGACAGAGAGAUCACCAGACAGCAAGGAGAAAAGUUUGCACAGCAGAUAACUGGGAUGCAGUUCUGUGAAGCAAGUGCCAAGGAUAAUUUCAAUGUGGAUGAAAUAUUUCUGAAACUUGUUGAUGACAUUCUGAAAAAGAUGCCUCUGGAUAUUUUAAGGAAUGAGUUGUCCAACAGUAUCCUUUCAUUACAACCAGAACCUGAGAUUCCACCAGAACUGCCUCCACCAAGACCACAUGUUCGAUGCUGUUAA